UUGCUGAAAUGGUAUGAUGAGAUCAUUUUUAUUGUUAACAGGAGACCCAGUAAUCUUAAUAAAUGGAAAAGGUAUUUCAGUGAUAGUGCUAAGGAAAAUGAACCCAUAAAAUUUUCAACGAGUCAGGCUGCAAAAAGAAAACUAGCUGUACCAGUUUAUCAGAAAAAGAAGGAUGCUAUGCCAUGGUACCAACCUUACAGCGUAGUUGGCAGUGUCGCUGCUUUUCUUAUAUAUUUUUGUGUUCUCCGCGAAGAGAACGAUGUUGAUUUGGAGUUCACAAAAACACUGUAUGAUCGAAUAAAAGGAUUGGAGAAGGAGCAAUUAUUACAAAGUUACAGAUUCAAUAAAGAGAAUGGUAAAAGUGUAGAAGAUAUUGAGAGAAGACUUAGGGAAAUUGAACUUGAGGAAGCUCAAGCCGCAUAG